AUGAGCUCGCCGAUACAAAUGGAGUCUGAGUUAGACUGGCUCUCAUUAGUGAUGAACCCAACGCCAUAUGAGGAGCUCACACGAGAGGUCACAUCUGAGUUGGCUCAACUCGCUCGGCUAUCGAGAACUCUCGCAAGUAAAAAGCCCGACGAUCAGCAUGCACAACGACGAGCGCAGGCUGCAACAGCGUUUGUUCAGGAUUUGGGAGACUUCACUCCCAGCACAGGAGAUGAGGAGACUCUUUCCGUUCAUAGCCCAGGCGGAAUCAACUUGCUUUCACCGGUUUUGCCUCUUGAACUCUAUCGAUUAAUCAUCAACUAUGUUGCCAGCUUCGAUUACAAACUUCGACAAAAUACGCUGGUGGCACUCUCGUCAACCUGUCGACUGUUCAUGGGCUUAGCCGAGGAGCAUCUAUACGAGCAUCCCCGGGAUCUGGACGACAUCAGACAGCAGUGGUUGUUUCUCUACAGUCUCAGGAUGGAGCCCAGUCGUGCGACUCUAGUAAAAUCACUUCGACUUCUUUGGCUUUGCGACGGGGCCAACAGCAAAUUGCUGAUCGACAUCGUGGCUUCCUGUCGUGAUUCACGAACCCUGCUGAUACAACGCGGCGAUGACUUACGAGACUCGUGUAAGAUCUCACACAACGAUAUGCUCACUCUGGGUGCUCUAAUUCGCGCGUGCCCGGAACUCACCUCAUUUCAUUACUCUACGAUGGUUGGAUGGGCACCCGAAGGGGAUCGGUACACUCGUACUGUUGAUGAAACGUUCGAUGGGGUAGUCAAUCCACUAUCAGAUGAUGCUCAUCUUCAACAAGCAAUGCGACAGCUAUCAGAAUUGACCCUUUGCGGGCAAGCAGAAUGGGCUGUAAAUGGCCUGUUUCCACAUCUUGCAUCAAGUCUUACUUCCCUUCGCCUUAGCCAGGACGUCUCUCUUGCGGACUGGGAGGAUCCUCUCACGCAGCUAUCACAACAAUGUCCGUUUCUGGAAAGGAUUGAGAUCAGAGAGACGUUAGAUACUGCAGAUGAUCUACAGGAAGCUUGCAAAGCUUGGGGUAAAACUUUAAAGAGUCUCAAGAUUUCCAGCGUCGCGGAAACCAGCUCUUGGGUUGCGCACAUCAUGCCAUCCAUGGUCAGUCUGGAAGAACUGUUCCUGGGGUAUGGCUGCUUUGUGCAGACCGAAGGUAUUGGAGCUAUUGCUCUCUCUAAAUCGCCCCUGAAGAAGAUUGUGCUUGGAGAUAUGCAGUACCCAGAUGAAUAUAUUGCAUCCGAUGCGUUAAACGCUGUACUUGUAGCGAUGAUUGAGGCCCACUCGUCAACCCUACAAUACCUAGGUAUGCCUGCUGACCCUUUAGUAGAUAUUGCUGUGUUGCAGGCCUGCAGAAAAGCAAAAGGCUUGAGGCACCUAUGCAUAAGGGUUCACCCUUAUGAUACCCCCGAAGCAGCAACUGAUGUUGAUCUUCUCCUAGACGCGUGCGUCGAUUUGGAUAAUUAUCCAUUAUGGUUCUGGAGACAUUCAGCAAGGGUGGACGAAUGGAUAGCUCGGAAGAAUGCAAGGGAGAUAGCAGAAGAGGAGGAGCUCAAUCGAGGUCCGCCAACCAAUGGACUGGGAAGCUGA